GAAAAGGUAAAGUCAAAACUACGGUACCGGGCGCAGCGGAAAGCCAGUGAGCAUGGCUCCCGGUGCCUUGAAAAAAACGAAGACCCAUUACGUCACUUCCGCUUCAGGCCGUUUCCCCAGGCGAAAGGUUUUCAUUGGCUGAGUAGAAGGAAGCCAUUACGAAGACCUAGACAGCCGGACCGUCUACUUCGGCUUGUGAAGUCUGAUACAGGGACGACUGUUCGGUGGUGUAUUCGUCAGAAAUUAAGCUCUUUUUAGAUUUAUUGCCAGACAUUAACUUAACUUGGCAGUGUGUUAUAGUAAUUCACAAAAUGGAGAACGAAAGCAAAUAUUUACCGGAGCUUCUAGCAGAGAAGGACAGUCUGGACGCCUCCUUUACUCACGCUACGAACCUUAUAUCCGCAGAGAUCGACAGGAUUCAGAAAGGUGAGUCAAAGCAAGGGGACAAUGCCUACCUAGACCUGUUUGCCACCAAGAACGUGAAGCUGAAGGAGCGAGUCCUCAUUCCAGUCAAGCAGCAUCCCAAGUGUAACUUUGUGGGGAAGAUCCUCGGUCCUCAGGGAAACACCAUUAAGCGCCUGCAGGAGGAGACCGGGGCCAAGAUCUCCAUCCUGGGGAAGGGCUCCAUGCGGGACAAAUCCAAGGAGGAGCAGUUGCGCAAAAGUGGUGAAGCCAAAUAUGCACACCUCUCCAUGGAGCUCCAUGUGUUCGUCGAGGUGUCUGCGCCUGUACCUGAGGCAUACCUUCGCAUGGCCCGUGCCUUGGAGCAGGUCAAGAAGUUCCUCAUACCCGACACAAAGGGUGACCUUUGUCAGGAGCAGUUAGUUCAAAGGGGCUUCCUGAAUGGGGCUCAGGAGCCUGUGACUAGGGUUCGAGGGACCCCCCUUAUCCGUGGCAGAGGAGCCCUUUUGCCAUCAUCCAGGGGCCGGGGUUUGCCUGCUCGCAGUGGAACCCAACGGGGGGGAGCAUCUAGAGGACCAGCAUCCAGGCCCAGUCCGGCAGUCAGAGGGGCGGUGGCUGCAAGAAGUCGGCCUCCCGGGCCAGCCCAGCGGAUGCUGCCCCCUCCUGUGCACACGGCCCCCCCAGAGCUGGAGACUUAUGAGGGCUAUGCCUAUGAGGACAGCUAUGCAGAGUCCACCUAUGACCACUACUACAGCCAGUCGGCUGCGGGGGAGAUGAACUUUGAUUAUGGUCACGGAGAGACACAGGAGCCAUAUGAGGCUUACGAUCUUUCUGCAGCCCAGGACGACUGGAACGGAACAUGGGCAGCGGUGCCCCCUGGCAAAGCGGCCGCAGCGCGUCCUGCCAAGGGCUCCUACAGGGAGCAUCCGUAUGGCCGAUACUGACACCACAUCACCCUGGCAACUGCACCCCACGACAGCUCUUGCUUUUAUCAGCAGCUUUAAAGAGUUUUGUAAGGUGAGAGAGUCCCACUGGAUCACAGCUGUUCCUCAGGAGGGAUCUGCACUCUCCUCCUCCGGCAGGAGACAGGCUGGCACGAUGCCAUCAAACUGAGCGACUCAGAGGGUAGAAGAUGUGCAGACACGUCAUGGAUGGAGGCAUGAAAGAAGCAAUGGCACCCAGCACUGGUAAGUCUGGCCGGGUUCCAAGUGGCCGCUGUACAGGACUGGGCACCAGAGCGGCACGCUCACGAGCUCGGCAUGACUAGGGAUGGGAAUUGAUGUUUUUAUCAAUACUGAUGCUAUUAUCAGUUCUACUUAUCAGUCCGAUUCACCAUCGGCUUGCAUAGGUUUUCAGGGUCAACGUAACAGUUUUGUUCGUCUGAAAAUGUUAUCUAGACAAUCUACAUUGUUUCCAUCCAUCCAUUUUCCAAACCGCUUAUCCUACUGGGUCGCGGGGGGUCCGGAGCCUAUCCCGGAAGCAAUGGGCACAAGGCAGGGAACAAUCCAGGAUGGGGGGCCAGCCCAUCGCAGGGCACACUCACACACCAUUCACUCACACAUGCACACCUACGGGCAAUUUAGCAACUCCAAUUAGCCUCAGCAUGUUUUUGGGCUGUGGGGGGAAACCGGAGGAAACCCCACGACAACAUGGGGAGAACAUGCAAACUCCACAUACAUGUGACCCAGGCAGAGACUCGAACCCGGGUCCCAGAGGUGUGAGGCAACAGUGCUAACCACUGCACCACCAUGCCACCCCCACAUUUUAACAUAUUAAAAUAAAUAGCAAAGCUAGAACAGGAUCUAACCUGGAAAAUAAAUAUAAAACGGACUAAUAAAAUUAUUCUUUGGAAAAAUAAGUUAAAUAACUUAAAAUACUGUUCUUCAUUAUCUGUUGAAUAAUGCUGAAUAAUGUUGGCUGUGACCCACCUGUUUCUCUUCCUCUCUCGACCGUUUGCACCUCAACAUUUAAAUGCCGUCUCCAGCCGAAUGUGAGGCCUAUGAUUCCAGGGGAUGCAAAAAUUUGGAACUGGUUUUCAGGUGGAAUUGGUUCUCUAUUCGCACCCCUAGGUGUGACACUAAGACUGCAUAAGAGCUAAAGUACUAGUGGUUUGUGGGGGUCCUUUCAGCUGGGGCCUUCUGGCUCAGCCAUGUGAGGGGGACUCCUGGGUGUUCGUGGGCCAUUUUCAGGCUGCUUCUUAGCCGGAAUGCUCUGUUUUUCAUCAUUGAGUAUUUUUCACAAUGGAUAGUUUUGAAGGCCAACCGUCAUCAUAGACAUACAGUCACGUACGACAUACAGUCACGUACGACAUACAGUCACGUACGACAUACAGUCACGUACGACACGUUUACGUGGUUUACAUGUUAGUGUUUAUUUUAGGUUUUAUGUGUUAUUUAGUGAUUUAGUCAGUUAUCUUUUGGCUCUGGGAACACUCAAAUUUCCCAUACAGAUUAAUGUUAAUAACAUAUUCACUUUACCUGAUUUUGGCUUACGAAAGGUUUCACAGGAACGCUCCACUUUCGGAUAGCGGGGGAGACCUGUAUUCCAACAUGAUGAAUAUUGGGAUCCACUUUCAGUGGUGCCUACCCUGUUACUGACCUAUAUGCAGGUAAAUAGCACGAUACACCGUGUAACUGCUGCAUGUCUGUUCACAAAGCAGCUCACUUACCCAUCAUUGUUGAUGCACAUAUGCUAACAGCUACAUCAUAAACGGUAUGGAUACAGAUUGUUUACAAUUAAAAAUUAAAAUAUAGCCUAAUUAAUUCAUACCCUGUCCAAUUGCUGGUGAGUGUGUAUAUUAAUUAGCUAUUGUCUAGUCUUGUCUCAGUGCAUUAUUGUGUCAUUGACUUUGGCCAUUGCAUCGACAGGCUCUAUCGAUUACAUACCAUUGCAAAAUGUCUCAGCAGCCGAGUGUCUUAAGUUUCUCGAAAAUGCCCAGUAAUUGUGAUGCCAUUGGCAGUGGCCACAGUAUUUUAGUGGCCACUGCUGUCACUCCGGGAAAAUUAUUCAUCUGCUUCAUGUAGUGUUGACGUGAAAAAUGACGUCACAGUUGGUGUCUCUGUUCAUCAUAUCUGUCCACGUGCUUAUGAAUGCAUAAUCUAUGAGCUUGAUCUGUAUAUUAUUUUAAAAAUCGAAUGAACGAAAAUUGUAUUAAUGAAAUUAAAAAAUGUAAAUUAAAAUGAUUGGUGAUAAUAGAAUUUUUGUGACUAAGGCAGCCUUUGCUCUAUGAAAUACACCACAAAUACACCGCGUUGUGCUCUUUGUUGUGUGUUCUGUCUGAUCCUCUCUGACUGCUGCUGUAACACUGAAAUUUCUCUUCAUGGGAUUAAUAAAGUCCAUCUUAUUGUG